AUGCCGAAAUCGACAGCUUCAGGGAGCAAAGCAGGAACGGCUAGGAAGGACAAGCCGAAGCUCUCCAAGCCUAUAGCCGUACCAAAGCCGCAACUUUCCAGCCGCACGAAACCUUCCAGCUCUGCCCACAUCUCCAACCACUCCUCGGACGAGGACGAUGGAGAAGAGGCCAAGUUCGACAUCAGCACCAUACCUAUUCACCGACUGACCCUCGAUGACCCGACGGAGGAUCCGGUGACAGGCACUGCCGACGAGGUCGCCGAGACAGACGUGGCACAGGCAGCAGAGGAGGACAAAGCGGCGGGGAAAAAGGUGGCGAAGCCGUUUCCGUUUCUGCAGCUCCCAUCCGAGCUGCGGGUACGGGUGUACGGCUACCACUUUGAGGGCGUGGAUCCGGUGCUGGACCUCUCGCCGGACAACUACCGCAAAGUGCACCGGAAGCUGGCAUUUCUGCGCACGUGCCGGCACAUCUACGUGGAGGCGUCGCACUUUUUCUACAGCGCACACGUCUUCCGCAUCUUUCCGACGUACCCGGGCCGCUUCUUCAAGACGCGGCGGCCACUGCUGGCGCGGCUGCGACGCAACCAGCGUGUCGACCUGACAGAACUGGAGCUGCGGCUGGGUCCGGGCUUCAACAAGCCACCCAAGUGCUGGGCGGUGACGCGGAAGCUGGGCCUGCACGAGUGCGCCAAUGUGCGCAAGAUCCGCGUGUUCGUGCAGCUGGACCCGAGCGUCAGCUGGCUGGACGGCUUCCGCAAGCCGGGCUUCUACGAAGCCUUCUCGAGCGGCCUGUUGGACGACAUCUUGAAGGAGGCACGCGCCGUCGAGGUCGUCGAGCUAGACGGCUACGAGAGCGUCCGCAAGGCCGCGCCUAUCAUGCAGGCGCUCGUCCAGGUCGCCCGGGACCACGGCAAGAAAAUUGUCUGGGGCCCGCGCAAUGGCUGGACCGAAACUGCCGAUAACGAGGCCAACAGCCGUGCAGCCACCAACAGCACCACCACACAGCCGUCCCUGGAGGCAAUCGCCGCUCUUCUCGACCAAGGCAGCGAGCUCGUGCUUGCAGCAUAG